AUGUGUGCAAGUUCCAUUGAUAUUCAUCCGAGUGCAAAAUGGGCACAGAAUGGUAUCACUGUUGCUGGAGGAAAUGGAUCGGGCAGUGGAACCAAUCAACUUUCUCUUCCAUGGGGUUUGUACAUCGAUGAUGAUCAAUCCAUUUAUGUCGCUGAUCGGGAUAAUCAUCGUAUUGUGGAACGAAAAUCUGGUGCAACGAAUGGCACAGUAGUUGCUGGUGGAAAUGGAUCAGGUAAUGGAGCUCAUCAGUUAAACUACCCAUAUGAUGUGAUUAUCAACAAAGAGAGCGAUAGUUUCAUCAUCAGCGAUGGACGGAAUAAAAGAGUAGUUCGAUGGCCUCGUCGAAAUGGUACUAGUGGAGAAACAAUUAUUUCAAAUAUCGCUUGCUAUGGUUUGACAAUGAACGACAAUGAUUUUCUCUAUGUCGUUAACAUUGGAAAACAUGAAGUGAGACGAUAUAAAAUUGGUGAUAUUAAAGGAACAGUAGUUGCAGGUGGCAAUGGAGAAGGAAAUCGUCUCGAUCAACUCUCUUAUCCCCGCUACGUAUUUGUCGAUCGAGAUCAUUCAGUUUAUGUGUCUGAUUGUUACACUCAUCGUGUAAUGAAAUGGGAAGAAGGUGCAACACAAGGCAUUGUCGUAGCCGGUGGUCAAGGAGAAGGAAAUAGUCUUACACAAAUGUAUUAUCCUCAAGGAGUCGUUGUCGAUCAAUUGGGUACUGUCUAUGUGGCUGAUCUAGGGAAUCAUCGAAUCAUGCGUUGGCCAAAAGGAGCCACACAAGGAAAUGUCAUUAUUGGUGGAAACGGUUGGGGAGUACAGUCGAAUCAACUUAAGUGUCCCGCAGAUUUAUCAUUCGAUCGACAUAGUAAUCUCUAUGUCGUCGAUAACGGAAAUGAUCGAGUACAAAAAUUUAAUAUCCAAUAA